CUUGGUGAUGUGAUGGUGGACAUAGCAAGUAACAUUAUGUUAGCUGAUGAACGUGUUCUGUGGAUGGCACAAAGGGAAGCCAAGGCUUGCACUAGAAUUGUACAGUGUCUACAGAAAAUUGCUAUGUAUCGGCUUGCAAAUGGAGCUCAAGUUUAUUCUACUUAUUCUCCAAAUAUUGCUCUUGAGGCUUAUGUAAUAAAGGCUGCUGGUUUCACUGGGAUGACAUGCACCGUAUUUCAGAAAGUGGCUACAUCAGACCGUACAGGACUUGGUGAUUAUGGGAGAAGAGAUCCGGAUGGAAAUCUAGAUAAACAAUUAAGCUUUAAGUGCAACAUUUCAAAUACACUGUCAAGUCUAGCUUUAAAGAACACAAUUGUAGAGGCUUCUAUCCAGUUGCCAGCUUCCCUUUUCACCCAAAAGCAAAAAAGAGAAAUCAGACCAGCAGAUGAAUCUGUCUACAAGCUUCAGCUUAUUGCAUUUCGCAAUGGAAAGCUUUUUCCAGCAACAGGAAAUUCAACAAAUCUGGCUGAUGAUGGGAAACGUCGUACAGUUGUAACACCAGUUAUUCUUACCAAGAUAGAUGGUUUAAACCUAGCCAGUCACCACGUUCCUAUAAAUGUGACACUGCGGCGCAUUGCGCAUGGAGCAGAUGCUGUUGCAGCUCAGUGGGACUUUGAUCUACUGAACGGACAAGGGGGAUGGAAAUCUGAUGGUUGUCGCAUUCUUCUGUCCGAUGAAAAUAUUACUACCAUUCAGUGCUACUCCCUCAGCAACUAUGCAGUUUUAAUGGACUUGACAGGAGCUGAAUUAUAUACACAGCCAGCUGAUCUUUUGCAUCCAGUAAUUUAUGCCACUGCAAUGGUUUUGCUGAUGUGCCUGUUGAUGAUCAUUGUCAGUUACAUAUACCAUCACAGUGUGAUCAGGAUCAGUGUAAAAAGCUGGCAUAUGCUAGUUAACCUGAGCUUUCAUAUUUUCCUGACAUGUGUGAUGUUUAUUGGAGGCAUAACUCAGACUUUUUUCAGCAUUUGCCAAGCAGUUGGGAUAAUUCUCCAUUAUUCCACUCUUGCUACAGUACUGUGGCUGGGAGUGACAUCUCGUAAUAUUUACAAGCAAGUAACCAAAAAAGCAAAAAGAUGUCAAGAUCCUGAUGAGCCACCUCCUCCACCCAGACCAAUGCUGAGGUUCUACCUUAUUGGUGGAGGGAUCCCUAUCAUAGUUUGUGGAAUAACAGCAGCAGCAAACAUCCGAAAUUAUGGCAGCAGACCUAAUGCUCCUUAUUGCUGGAUGACUUGGGAACCUAGCUUAGGAGCAUUUUAUGGACCAGCUAGCUUUAUAAUUUUCAUAAACUGUAUGUAUUUUCUCAGCAUAUUCAUACAACUAAAACGUCACCCUGAACGUAAAUAUGAACUUAAAGAACCCAUUGAGGAACAGCAGCGUCUGGCCACCAACGAACACGGGGAACUGGCUCAUCAAGAUUCAUUGUCGGUGUCGCUAGUUUCUACAUCUGCUUUGGAGAACGAGCACAGUUUUCAAGCACAGCUGCUGGGAGUGGGCCUUACUUUGCUUUUGUAUGUUGCUCUGUGGAUCUUUGGAGCUCUGUCAGUUUCCCUGUAUUAUCCCAUGGACCUGAUCUUCAGCUGUUUUUUUGGGGCAACAUGUUUAAGCCUCAGUGCCUUUCUUAUGGUGCACCAUUGCGUUAACAGGGAAGAUGUCAGGCAUGCUUGGAUAACAACUUGCUGCCCUGGAAGGAGUACGUAUUCAGUGCAAGUAAAUGUUCAGCCCUCCAGUUCCAGUGGAACCAGUGGAGAGGCCCCUAAGUGCACCAACAGUAGCGCAGAAUCUUCAUGCACAAAUAAAAGUGCAUCAAGCCUAAAAAAUUCUUCUCAAGGUUGUAAACUAACGAACUUACAAGCUGCAGCAGCUCAGUGCCACCCUACUUCUCUGCCAUUAAACACAGGUCCUCAACUUGAUAACAGUCUCACUGAACAUUCAGUGGAUAAUGAUAUCAAAAUGCAUGUAGCUCCCUUAGAGGUACAGUUUCGGACAAACGGACACCCAAGUCGGCAUCAUAAGAACAGAAGCAAGGGACAUCGUGCUAGCAGGCUUGCAGUAUUGAGGGAAUAUGCGUAUGAUGUUCCCACAAGUGUGGAAGGAAGUGUGCAAAAUGGCUUACCUAAAAGUCGACAAAGCAACAGCGAAGGGCAUUCAAGGAGCCGAAGAGCCUAUUUGGCAUAUAGAGAACGUCAGUAUAACCAAUCCCAACAGGAUAGCAGUGAUGCUUGCAGUACACUUCCAAAAAGUAGCAGAAAUACUGAAAAAACAAUAGCUACCAACAGCAAAAAAGAUAUUCUAAGGAAACCAAUAUCGGUUGAACUUGAAAACCAACAAAAAUCUUACGGCUUAAAUUUAGCCAUUCAGAAUGGACCACUUAAAAGCAGUGGACAGGAUGGAGCCUUGCUCACUGCAGAUAGUACUGGUAAUAUUAGAACUGGGUUGUGGAAACAUGAAACUACUGUGUAGCAUUGUAAUUCAUUGCGGGACAAAUCCAUAUGAACUGUGAUUACACAUUCCUUAAAGCUAUUAACACUUUUAAAGACUGUUUACAAACUCCAGGUACUUUAUGCAGGGAGGGAACAAAGAUAAUCUGCCAAGCAAAAGAUUGUGUGCAUUAUUAUCUUUGCUGUUCUUACAAGGAUGAACUUUUGGUAUUUUGUGAAAUUUUUUUUGACGCGUCAAUCUUGAGAGAUGCAGAACGUAACUUUGUACAUUUUUAUUUUUUACCUGUAACCCUGCAGAUGUGUCCACAACACAUUUCAAAUUUGUAUUUAAAUGUAUAAUAAAUAGUAUUUUCCCCAGCA